UCCUCCAGGAAGCCCUUCCCUACCCUCGGGCUGGGUUGGUCGGCCCCUCCUCUCCGCUCCCCUCCCCUCCCCUCUCCCCGGCGGCCGUCUGGGGUCUCCCAUCGCAGCCUUGCUCACUCCGCGGGUCGUCACUGUUUGGGAACUCGAGUGUGUCUCUCCCACUGGACUGGAAACUCCAGAAGGACAGGAGGGAGCUAUGGUUGUCAGUGGUCACCGCUGAGUCGCUAGCACUGCCCGGCACACGGCCGGGAACAGAGGAGGCGCUCGGGGGGUACGAGUGGAAUGAAAGAGUGAAUGAAUGUGGGAGCCGAGGCCAGGUCAAUGGCAGAGCUGGGAUGUGAACCCAAGUCUGGACUGAGAGGAGGAACCUAAUUUGAUCUUCCGUCAUUUUCCCUCCCACUGCAUCCUGUCCGGAGGCCGAGCACAGGGAGGUGCUUCAUAAGGGCAUCGAAAUUGAACUUCUCGGCAACCAGGGACGUUCAGACGGCUAGGUCGACGGCUCUCUCCAACUCAGACCUCCGCAGUCCUCCAGGACCAUAGAGAGCUGCGCGGGGACCGCCCCUCUCGAAGCUCUACCUCUCUGGGGAACGGUGAGGGCGGGAUCGAGGACUAGAGAGGCCGGAAGUAGGGCGAGCCCGGGGACGCGCUGGCCGCGUCGGCGGUGGGACGCCUCGGUCCCUCUCCGGUUUUUUUCACUCGCGGCUCGGGGGCAAGGAGGCCCCAGAAGAACCUUGGGAUGGACGAAGAGGGAGUGCGGCAGCCCUCCGGGCCACCCACGAGGAAGAAAUUCUUCAUACCGCUGGGCGAAGAUGAGGCCCCUCCUGCAGGGGUCAAGCCCUUAUUCAAAUCCACCUGGAGCCUGCCCACCGUGGAGGCCUCACCUCAGGCAGCCCCUCAGACGUAUGCCGAGUAUGCCAUCUCGGGACCUCCAGGAGGGGCUGGAGCUCCACACCCCACGGGGCCAGAGCCCCUGGCAGGAGAGACCCCCAAUCAGGCCCCCAAACCAGGGGCGAAAUGCAGCAGCAUCAUUGUGAGCCCCCGCCAGAGGGGCAACCCCGUGCUGAAGUUUGUGCGUAACGUGCCCUGGGAGUUUGGUGACGUCCUUCCUGACUACGUGCUGGGCCAGAGCACCUGUGCCCUAUUCCUCAGCCUCCGCUACCACAACCUCCACCCAGACUACAUCCACGAGCGGCUGCAGAGCCUGGGGAAGAGCUUCGCCCUGCGGGUCCUGCUCAUCCAGGUGGAUGUGAAAGAUCCCCAGCAGGCCCUCAAGGAGCUGGCCAAGAUGUGCAUCCUGGCUGACUGCACCCUGGUCCUUGCCUGGAGCCCUGAGGAGGCCGGGCGGUACCUGGAGACCUACAAGGCCUAUGAGCAGAAGCCGGCGGACCUCCUGAUGGAGAAGCUGGAGCAGGACUUCGUCUCCCGGGUGACUGAAUGCCUGACCACAGUGAAGUCCGUCAAUAAAACAGACAGCCAGACCCUUCUGACUACUUUUGGGUCUCUGGAACAGCUCAUGGCCGCAUCGCGGGAAGAUCUGGCUUUGUGCCCAGGCCUGGGACCCCAGAAGGCCCGGAGGCUGUUUGAUGUCUUACACGAGCCCUUCUUGAAAGUGCCCCGAUGACCGCGGCUGUGAAGGAGGCCCUGUGAAGGAGGCCCUCGGUGUAACAAUAAAGCCGUUUUCCUGGCUCA